AUGACGGUGCCCGAGAGGCAUAGGAGCGGGGCGGCGCAGGCGAUGGCGCCGCCGCCAAGUUUUCCGCUGCGGCGGCUCCUCCGGGUGGCUUCGGUGGCGUGCGGGAUCCAGUUCGGUUGGGCCCUCCAGCUGUCGCUGCUGACGCCGUACGUCCAGGAGCUGGGGAUCCCUCAUGCAUGGGCGAGCCUGGUGUGGCUGUGCGGGCCGCUCUCGGGGCUCAUCAUCCAGCCACUCGUCGGUCACCUGAGCGACCGCUCCACGAGCCCCUUCGGCCGCCGCCGCCCCUUCAUCGCGGCCGGCGCAGCCACCAUCGUCAUCGCCGUCCUACUGGUCGGUAACUCCGCCGACCUCGGCCGCCUCCUCGGUGACCCCUCCGCUGGGCCCCGCCGACCCCGGGCCAUCGUCGUCUACCUCCUGGGGUUCUGGCUCCUCGAUGUCGGAAACAACGCCACCCAGGGCCCCUGCCGCGCCCUCCUCGCCGACCUCGCAGGGAAGGAUCACAGGAGGACUCGGAUAGCUAAUGCUUACUUUUCACUCUUCAUGGCCUUGGGAAAUAUAUUAGGCUUUGCUACUGGGUCUUAUAGUGGCUGGUUUACCAUCUUUCGCUUUACUGUCACCUCAGCUUGCAGCAUCAAUUGUGCCAACCUCAAGUCUGCUUUUCUUCUUGACAUUGUUCUUCUUAUCAUCACUACUUAUAUCAGUAUAUCAUCAGUCCAAGAAGUUCCUCUAAAUUCUAGCAGUGGGGUUCCAUACUCUGCUGAAGGAACAGUAGAGCAGCUAAACCACGUCCAAGAGGCUUUCCUCUGGGAAUUGAUUGGAUCCUUUAGAUUCCUAACAUUGCCUGUUUGGAUGGUUCUGAUUGUUACCGCACUUACUUGGAUAGGAUGGUUUCCAUUUAUUCUCUUUGACACUGAUUGGAUGGGUCGAGAGAUCUAUCGAGGCAACCCAAAUGAAGGGCAACAUUAUCAAACUGGAGUUAGAAUGGGGGCUUUUGGUCUGACGUUGAAUUCUGUUGUUCUCGGUUUUACUUCAGUUGUGAUGGAAAAACUGUGCCGGAAGUUGGGAGCUGGACUUGUUUGGGGAAUCUCAAAUAUUCUUAUGUCUUUCUGCUUUGUUACAAUGCUCAUAAUAUCUUCGAUUGUGAAAAAUGUGGAUUACCCUAGCAGUGGACUUCCUCCAGAUGGCGUUGUUGUUGCUGCACUAAUUGCUUUUGCAGUACUUGGGGCACCUCUGGCAGUUACUUAUAGUAUUCCUUAUGCAAUGAUUUCUACUCGAAUUGAGCCUUUAAGGCUUGGCCAAGGAUUAGCAAUGGGCAUUCUAAAUCUUGCAAUUGUGAUUCCUCAGGUGCUGGUUUCUCUGGGAAGUGGACCAUGGGAUCAAUUAUUUGGAGGCAGCAAUUCACCGGCCUUUGCUGUAGCAGCAGUUGCAGCUUUUGCCAGCGGAAUUGUGGCAAUUGUUGGUCUUCCCCCAUCCUAUAUUGGAAGGACAAAGAGUCGCAGAUAAGUGUAUUAUUGUAUUCUUUUUAUCAUUUAUUUUUUUUGGAAUCUAUACUGCUGUUUGAUAGCCAUUUCGCAUGGGAAAAGAUGUAAUUUUAUAUGUCAUUUGUUAAAUAAAGCUGCUUAUUUGUUUCCUUUC